CGACAGUCGUUAAUUAAUGCGCCGCCGGGACACGCGUAAUGUGUACCUAUAUACUACUUAUUAUGUGUGUGUAUGUGAAAAAUCGCGUGCUCGCUGAGGAGAAGAUACCUGAGUGCUAAUAGUUUCAAUGGCGAUAUUAUGGAGUGCCACUCGACGCGAGUGUAAGCCGUAGCAAAUUGCAUCCCAUAAAUAACGAUAAAAUUGUCUUGGCAUAAUAUGCAAAAGGAAAACAUAUAGGAGCAGUGAUGUUAAAAGAAUUUGCCGAUCAAUCGACCAUACACGGUCUCCACUAUGUCAGCAACGUUAAGCGUCACUGGACAGAAAGGUUGUUUUGGUUUAUUUGUUGUACUCUGAGCUGGUAUGGUUCCGCCGUGCUGAUGAUGAACUCCUGGGAAGCGUAUCAGACCAACGCUAUUAGUUUCGUGGUGGAAACCAGCUCGUUGGAGUUUCAAACUACUUUUCCGGCGGUUAGCGUAUGCGAAGUGAAUAACGUCGCCAACAUCCAGAAACUAGCCAACAAGAUAUUUGGAGACAAUAGGAAUUUCAAUUUGGACGAGAUUGUAAAAGAGAUAACUUACUUCAAAGGAACUUCAUAUUAUAUUAAUGAAUUUUGUAUGACUGGACAAUAUAAUUGCCCCAAAAAUAAUUUCAGUGAAUUAGCAAUUUCUACGAGAAGUACUUGUGAUGAAGUGUUUUUAAAUUGCACUUGGAACAACGUUCGUGACUUUGACUGUUGCAAGCAUUUUAUUCUUACUGAAACCGAACUAGGAAUUUGUUACACACUUACAAUGGAAAAUGAAUCGCCAAAUUCUGAUGAUUUUAUUGACAUGUAUUCCAACCGAGAGACGGGUCCAGGCAAUUUACGCAUAAAAUUGUUAUCGCCAAGUCAGGUUUUUAUUCACUCAGUAGUAGAUGUACCAUACUAUAAUACAAUAAGUACAGAUAUUUUACAAGCUACAAUGGGCAUUUAUAAACAAUUUAAGUUUGUUAUUAAAGAUAUUGAAAAUGAAGACGAAGUCAGAUUUGUUGGCAUUUCACAGCGCAGAUGCAGAUUUCCAUUGGAGAAUUACCUUGAUGUCAGUUCAAAAUACAGUUAUAGUUCUUGCAUUGUAAACUGCCGCCGUCAAAAGCAACUAGAGAUGUGUAAUUGUACUUCUCAUUUAAUGCCUAACAGCAAAUUAAGUGAACAAUGUGAUAUAAAUGGACUAGUAUGUUUAAAUACACAUUAUGCUGAAUUAUCGGUAUUAAAGAAGAAGAAAAGUAAGCGACCAGGUUUAGAAUGUCACUGUGUACCCUCCUGUAUUGAAGCUGAAAUAAAUGUCAUAACAGUUGAAUCAUUUAUAACUAAUGAAAACGAAUCAACCAUACAAUUAAUGAUGGACCGAUUACCAGCAGAGCGGCUUAAACGUAAUGUUGUUAGAGGAAGAUUAGAUGUAUUAGUUUCAUUAGGUGGUUCUGUUGCAUUAUUUGUUGGAGCAAGUAUAUUGAGCUUUUUGGAAAUUAUCUAUUAUUUCAUUAUACGUAUGCGCAAUGUUAAAAUGCCAAAUUUAAAAAAACCUAAGACGUCAAAAUGUGAACCAAAGAUGAAAUAAUUAGUAAGACAAUAGACAAAAAAAGAGUUAGACGCACAUGUUUUAAUUUUUUUGAGGUCACAUUAUACAAAUUAUAUGAUGUUAUUCACAUCACAAUUAAAUAAAAUUAUUUUUUGUCAGUAAAAUCAAGUAAAAUUGUUUUGAUAUUAUAAUAUAUUUAAUUAUACUUCAUUCUAUAAACAAUUUAUGUAUAAUUUUUUUUAUUUACUUAUGUUCUUAAGCACGCAAG